AGCUGUCAAACUCUCGAAGUGUGAAACCAUCUUUCCAACCUCUGUCUCUGUAUUUACUGAGUAGUUCAGAGUUCAUUUGAAUUUUAGAGACUAGAGAGUUUCAUUAGGUGUUUCUACUGAAAUUCCAUCUUGCUUGAUAUUUUACAGCUUCAGUGUGAUACCCAUUCCAGAAACUCUGCUAGCUAGGGUUCUUCAAGAUAUUGCAGUAAGUGUGGGGAUCAAAGUUAAUUGGUGGCGUUUCAAUUCAGCCUUGGUUGCUAGUGUGGAAUUGCAGUUUUCCCCAUUGAGGUUCUUCUACUAAUGGAAGAACAAAAUGGGCAUGCAGUUAAGAAUGAAUUCCCUUCAUGGGUACCUUCAUCUUCCAAAUUCAUUUGGAGGAUACAAAAUGUUUCUGAAUUUAACCAGGGCAAUCAUUUCUCGCCUACAUUCGCCGUAGGUCCUUGUAAAUGGCAAUUGGCGGCUUUUCGUAAGGGAAGCAAUGUGGAUGAUUACAUAUCGGUCUACGUGGUUGCGGUCGAGUGUACAAAUUCCCGAUAUACAAAAUGUAGUUUGGCUGUUGUUGGUGAUCAAACCAAUAACACAUUCAAAAAAGAAGGCUGGAUGGUCCAUUUCACAAAAGAGGAAAAUAAUUGGGGGUUUGAUGAGUUUAUACGGUUCAACGAACUUACCGACCCUAGCAAUGGGUACAUGGUUAAUGAUGCUUGCACUAUUGAAGUAGAAUUGUGUUCGUUUUCGAAACAAGAUUAUGUUAAGGAGUUGUUGCCCAUGGAAUCCGGCCAUUCUGGUAUGAAGUUUGCACACGAGGAAACCGAGAAUGGAAAGAUGCUAGUGAAGGGAAAUUCUUCAGCUGUUCAAAGGUCUAACUGGGAUAAAAAUGGAGGUGUUCCAGAAUCUUCCGAGUCUAGAAUCGACGGUCAGCCAAUUCCUCAUGUUUCUACUGCAGUUCCUGUUACACCCAAGCCGAGUCCUCUUGUUUCUGCUGCAGUUUCAGUUACACCCAAGACGUUCAAGGAAUCAGAUGGUUACCGGAAGUAUUCCAUUAGUGAAAUUAAAGAGAGGUAUCAUCUUGAUGAAAGAUUCGAGGUGGAGUUCAUCGAAGGAGAAGAUAAGCUGACUGACGCACUUGUCAAGAAUUUUCCUUGCAACAAAGACAACCUAUUGAUUGCGGUCGGUCAGUUGGAGGCGGGUCUACGUUUACCUCUGUACAACCCGGAAAAUCCUUUUUAUUACGAGGUGUUGAGUCAACGUGCUGAUAAGAGGGGCAUUUUUCAGUACAACGGCAAUUUCUUUCGCUUUCUACGGGAAUGCCGCAAACGUAGUAAGGGCUGCACUGGGAUAACAUCUAAAGUUCCGAAGUUUCGUCGCGAGGAUUACACGGCUACCAACUUCAACUGGACUUGGGCUGAUAACACAACGGGGAGGAGCCGGUUUCCUUGGUGUGUCGGCCCUCGCCGCAUCCCAUAUAGCCAGGAUCAGGAUUUCUCCGGUAAAGCCGAGCUCCUUCCUGAGUACAAGAGGAAAAAGCGGUUUGGUAUGGUGCGACUUGAUCAUGACGAAAAGUGGUUCCGCACUCCCUUGCGUAUUAAGGGUCCUUGGGUGAUGGGCUGGUUAACUUCUGGAGAUCCCCGCACCAGCUUUGAGAAAUUCUAUCCUCCUUACGAGCCAUGGACUCUAAACAUGGUUGCUAGUGGUGAAGUGACUUCUGUAACUGUUCCGGAUGAUACUGAUGGGACUGACACAGAUGGUGAUGAUCCCGCUUGGACGACUCCUCUUGUUCAUAUGAAGCGAAAGCCUGCCCCUGGUGACCAGAAUGUUGAGGAUACAAGUGUGAAAAGGUCUUGUCCUGAUAGAUUGGAUGUCCAGUCUUCUAGUAAGGAUUCUGAAGAUCUGGAGAUCCCAAAUGUUGUCGACGCUCCUCUUGUGAACUCAGGUGUUCUUGAUUCUGAAGCCAGGGAUGACUUCUGUUCGACGACCAUGGGUUUAGCCGAGAUAGAGGCUUUCUUUCAGGAAUUUGCUCAGGAGUCUACCUUCUCAUCUGUUGCUAAAUUUUUGGAGCAUUGCCCUAAGUUGUACGACUUGUACCUGCUUUACCGUAACAAAUCCAAGGAUCUUGAGAGGGAGAAGGAUUUGCUGGUGUCAGAGGUUCACGAUCUUAAGUCGCGGAUGCAGGGAUUGGUCACUCGUGAGGAGGCAGAUGCUGCGCUGGCUAAACAAAUUGAAGCCGCUAAUAGUAGUGUCCAAGAGCAUCUGGCCAUUGCGAAUGCUAGGAUUCAAGAGCUGGAAAGCCUAAACCGCGCUCAAUCCCUACAGCUCGCCACUAAAGCGGAGAGGGCCCAGGAAAUUAUCAAGCUGGCUGAGGGAUUAUGAAGCCUGGUGAAAAGUGCAAAACGUUGUUGAGGACCUGAUCUUUUUUUUUUGAGUAACCCCUCCUCUAUCUUGUCCAAAGCAGUCGUCCUUUUGUUAAUCACAUUCGAAAUGAUUUUGGAUGAAAUAUUCCAUAUCUUGUAGGUUCUGAUCUGGUCAGCGUUCAGUUGGGCACCAGGACUUGGGCAUCCUCCCACUUUACUCUGGGGAAUCAACUAAUUAUUUUGCACAAAAUUGGUCAAAAAGACCAAUUGCAACAAAUCCUUGGGUGAAA